AUGGAAAGGAAGAGGAGGGUGCCGGCGCGUGCUGCUGCGCGCGUCGAGCAGGCCGCAAAGAAGAGCAGAACCUCGACGCCUCCCGACCUCCUUCCCGCCACCCCUUCGAGCGCGCUCAACACCACUCCUGCGCCCGACCCUGUCGACGAGCCUCAGAAGCCCCCGCCUCCCCCGUUGCCCACCUCCAUCCACCCAGGAAAACCUCUGCCUACCAUCGAGGGCGCUGCGCAAUCUGCAACUCCACCCCAGAAAGACUACCAGUCCAUACAAGAGAGCGGCGUCUUGGCCGAGUCACUCUCCCGGUCGCGCCAGAGAUGGAUUGGCGAUGGGCUCUUCGAGAAGUACUGGACGAAACCAACAAAGAAGAAGGGCGUCGUGCUGGAAGAUGCCAAAAACCCCCCAAAGGAUACCAUGACCAAGAUCGGCCAGGUCACAAUCUCUCUCGAACCGCACUACUUCGAGGCGACCGUCUAUGCUGUCAAAGACCCCAACAAACCUGCGCCUCAGCCCGCCUUUCGCCCAAUCCUGCAGUAUGGCCCCCCCAAUGGUGCCAUGCCUCCACCUCCUACACCCUUGUCCAAGCCUGCGACGCCCUCAGCUACACCCGCGCCCGCGCCCGAUCGGACACAGAAUGCCUCAAAUCCGGUGCCAUCCGCUCCCACACCCUCAGCCAUGCCCUUCAACCUCCCCUCACGAAGCAUUUCCAGCACCGGCCGCGACGCCUUCGAACCCUCUAGCACCCCUGGCCCCGCAGAUGCCUCAGCCAGCACCAUCAUCAUUAUCACCAGCGCCAUCGAGCUCGGCUGCAGCCCCAAGUACCAGCACGUUUCCGCCACAACAUGGCCGAGUCUCCGUCCCUACGCCAAUGGCCGGUAUCCCAUUAUCGUCACGCUGGCUGAGAAAGCGAACGAGGACCCGCAAUUACGCGAUUUGAUGAAGCGAGUGGCCAACGGCAACGCUCCAAAGGACGAGCUCGCCCGAUUCCAAGCAAUAAUUGACCAGAUCACUGCGGAGAGCAAGCGCAAAGGGGCAUUGAAGGGCCCGUCAGCGGACCGACUUCUGGUCGAUGGCAGGAGCAUGCGCUACUUUGCUGAUGAAGUUGAUGCCAUCAUUGCCAUAGUGCUCAGGUCGAACCCAAAACAGACGUCUGCUGACCUCGCGCCACCCUCGGGCAGUGAUCCUCUGGUUGUCGCGCUGGUGAAGAACGCGCUCGACGACCCCAAGACUCUGGAGCGGGUGCGGCGCAUAGCCAAGAAUAACCCCGAGUUCUCAGAUGCCACUGACCUGAAGGAGACUCUGGACCGUCUGAAGGACCAGCUCGGGCAACAGAAGCCUCAGUCGGCGGGUGCAUCUGCCAGGCCCAACGGGACACCGGGCGCCCAAUCACCUGGCGUGCAGCAAGCGCCGCCGCCACCGCCACCGCAGCAAGCCCUCCGCUCCAAAGGCCCGCCUCCGGUGGUGAAGCCUGAUGUUUCAGCACUUGUUUUCGAGUUCUCGGGCGGAAAUGGCGACAGAUACUUGUUCCCCAGGUUCAGUAUCGCGGAGCAAGUUCAGACACCGAGUGGAACACAGGUCAUCGCGUCCUUCCUUAUUGUCAGAAAAGGGAGUACAUCUGAGUACGGUGGCGACCCGAAGCUCGAUUACUACCAACCUGUGACCAUCAGGAUGUCCUCGACCCAACCCAGGACUCUGGAAUAUUUCUCGAGGGUUGUGGCCCCGGCGGAAGAGGUCAAGCGCUACAUGGAGGAUGUGAUGGACAAUAUGACGCGCGCGGAGUACGUAUUAUUGGCAAUGCGCCUACCGAAACCCGAGAGGGAGGCAAAGGAGGACGGGCACGGAUCCGAGAAGGAAAACAAAGCCGACGAAUCGGGCAACGCGACCCCCGACAUUGAAGACCCGGAAUUAUGGAAGAAGGGUCUUACGUGGAAGAAGGACAAGACGAUAAAGCAGCUGUCUGCGAAGCCCCACGCGCUGAAGCAUGGUGGCAAGAGGACUGUCAACGAGGACGAACAGUACCAGAAUUUCAUUGCGAGCGUGAGCCGCAAAGCGACCGAAGAACAUGAAUAA